AUGCUCGCCUUUGUUCGCAACGCGUCAUCGCUCUCGCUUGUCCGCGCCAUCGCCUCAUCAGCCUGCCUCGCCCUCCCCGAUCCGUCCAUGGAGGACCUCCUCCGCCAGCUCAACGAGUCGGGCGAUCUGCCCGAGCUGGAGCUCGAGCCGCUCGGCGGGCGCGACGAUCGCCUCGUCGUCCCGGGCCAUCCCGUCCUCCACGCGCCCGCCCCGCCGACCCUUCCGGCUCCGACUUCCUCACCCGCCGCUGUCCAAAAGCUCAUCGAGACGCCGUCCGACAACGGCGGACUCGCUAACGACCUCGAUCUCCUCGUCGACGUCCUUGCCACCCAUGGCGCCCUCGGUCGAGUCUUUGUGGUCGAUGCCGCCGUCGCUGGCCCGGCCAUCGACCCACUCUCCGCCCACAACGAAACCGCCGACGAGGAAGACGACAUCGUGGCUGUGGCCUGGAUCGACCCGACGGUCGUCUCGGCCUCCUCCCCGCCGUCGUGGUUCUGGGAGGGCUGCCUGUCGCUCCCGGGCCUCUACGGCUGGGUCGCUCGCCCUUCCGCCGUCGUCGUCUCCGGCUGGACCGCCACCCUCACCGCCGCCGGCUCCUGGAGCCUCACCCACAGCGCAGACAUGCGGCUGGAGGACCUCCCCGCGAGGGUCUUCCUCCAUGAGGCCGACCACCUUGACGGCCGGCUCUUCCCCGACCGCCUCUCCGCGCCCGCUUCGCCCUCCCGGCCGACCUCGUCGACGACAUCGAAGGCUCAGACUAUCCUUCGCCCGCAGCCGCACGGACCCGCCCAGGCGCCUUCUCGCCCGUCGAGUAGCCGCGCCACACCUUGCUCCAUCUCUGCUCUCACCUGCAUCUGCAUCCGCGUCCGCAGUGCCCGAUCACCAUCCCGCCUGCCCUCGUUUACCUCCUCAUCAACCUGCGAGCCACUCCUCCAGCAUCUGCGCCGCCUCGCCCUGCCCGGCUCCGCGCGCAUCUGACGCCACCCGCCCCACUCUUGCCGCGAUCUCUACCUCACCUCGUGGUGUCACAUCGAGGAGGGCGGCGACAACUGGCACGUGGCCACGCACCGCCGCUGUGUGCAGCGCCGCGUCCAGCUUGCUCAACGACUCUGCGCUUGCGUGCUCGAGGAGGAGCUGGACACACUCGAGGUACCCACGCGUCGCCGCUCGCUCGAUCGCAAAGUGUUCGCGCUCCUCAGUUUCAGCCGUGCUCCACACCAGCAGCAGUCGGAGCACGGCUGCGUGCCCGCUGCUGGCCGCCACCCCGAUGGCCUUGCCUACCGCCUCACCCGCGCCGCCCAGCCCGGCAUCAAGCAGAAACGCGACCGCGGCGUCACUUCCGAUUCGCGCUGCCGACACUAGGGUGCGCGGCUCAAACUGCGUCUCGGGCGCAGCCGCCACCAGCGUGCGAACCACAUCCAUGCACCCGUUGGCAAUGGCCCAGUUUGCCGCCUGCCACCCGUUGGCGGCCACAUCGACCCGUCCAUCGGCGAGCAGUAGCUCCACCACUUGGCCUCGGCCAGCCCGCGCCGCCGUCCGCAGUGCUGCCGAGUUGUCCGCCCGCGGAUCGACUCGCGGAUCGGCCAGC